AUGAAAAGAAAGUCUGCUGGAGAAGUUCAAGCUCUAAAAGCCUCUAUUCAGUUUAUUCGUACAGGAUUUGUUUGUGUUGAAAUUCUCAAAGUAAUGGAAAGUAAAGGAUAUAGUUCAGUAAGUAUUUGGUGUGAUAAAGAAAUUAAUGAAAUAAAAAUUAUUAUGGAUGAAAUUGAAGUUGAUGAACAACAAAUAAAUACAUUAUUAAAUGAAGACAUUUUUAAUGAAUUGAAUAGUAUUAGUAGAUGCUCAAUAAUGACAUCUCUUUUAUCUCAAGAAUAUUCGUUUAGAUACAUUUAUGAAGUUUGUUUUUUCAACAGUUUUCAAAAGAGAUUAAUCAUGAAGAAUGGAAGAUGGAAAAAAGAAAGUUUGAAACAGUACCAAUUAAAUAAUCAAAUAGUUGUUUAUCUAGAAAAAUUAUUUGAAAAUACUCCUGAAAGAAAAGAAACAUUCAGUCAACUUAUUCAAGACAUUAUUGGAUAUCAGAUUAUUCAUUAUAAAAUUAGAAUACAAAUCAAGUGGAAUAAUGAAACAUAUUGUUUGUUAGACUCACAAGCAACAAUGAAAAAAUGUUAUGAAAAUAUUUUUCAUUAUCAAAUGAAAGAAUUUUCAACAUUAUAUUCAUUUAACUCAAUAACAAUUUAUGGAUUACGUUAUUUAUCAAAAGAUAUGAAAUGGAAUAAUACAAAAUAUCAUUAUAUAAUUAUGGUAAAUGAUUAUUUAAUACAUCAUAAUUCAUUGAAUCAAUUAAUCAAUCAAAUUCAUUGUAAAUAUUAUGGUAUUUCACAAAGUCAUAUUUUAACACCUCCUUUUUUCCUUCAAAUCAAAAUUCCAUUCUUUCAUCCACAAUAUCCAUUACAUUUUGAAGAUGAAAAUAAUUUCUUAUUAUGGAUAAUCAAAUUCCUCUCAAAUGAAUUUUUAUCAGAAUUAUUGGUAUUACCUCCACCAAUUACACAAUACCCAUUUUAUUCACAUAUUCAAUUGCAACAUCCAAAAUCAUCCCCUCCAUCACCAAAGAAACAAAGAGUUUUUGCAUUAAGUUAUUCAAUUCAAGGAAGAGAAGUAAAAGAGAAAGAAACAACUAAAAUACCACAAAUAAAUCAAACAAAAUAUGGAAUGAAUAAACAUAAACCUUCUAAAAGAAGAAUAAGUAAUAAGACAAUAUAUUCUAUUGCUAUACCAUAUGUACAUUAUAAUAUUAUUUCAUUACAAGAAAAUAUAAAGUAUUUUAGUCAUAUAAUACCAUCAAAUAAGAUUACAAAAGAAGACAUAAAAAAGAUUCAAGUGAUUGGACAAUUUGGUAAGAAAUUUAUAAUCUGUUUAAAUAAAAGAAAUGGAUUGCUCUAUGGAUUUGAUCAACAUGCUGUUCAUGAAAGAAUUCUUUUUGAAAAAAAUUGGAGAAUGUUAGAACAAGAAACAAGUACUUGUCUUCAAUCAUUUCAAUGUUCAUUACAUAAAAAUGUAAAUUCAUCUCAAUUACAAGUAUUACAAAAAUAUAAAUAUCAAUUUAACAAGUUGAAUAUUAGUUAUUCCAUCAAAUAUAAUAAAGUAUAUUUUAAUUCAUUUCCAAUUAUCUUUGGAAAACAACUUACCUGCUCAGAAAUUAUGGAUAUUGUAAACCAAAUAGAUAUUUAUAAUGAAUUUCCAGGAAUUAAACAUCUUUCAAUUAUACGUCAUAUUGUAGCGUCACAAUCAUGUAGAAAUGCUAUUAUGUUUAAUGACAAUUUAACAAUAGAAGAAUGUAAAAAAUUAAUAAGUCAAUUGUCAGAAUGUUCAUGUCCAUUUAUAUGUGCACAUGGUAGAAUAAAUGUUGCACCAUUAUAUGAUUAUGUCAGUUUAAAUAAAUAA